UUAAUUUUGGAUUUUUAAUAUUAAUUGCAUUCUUGCAAGUGAUUUUGCAAUGCUAUUAUGAAAGGAUUUUUUUUUAUCCUUUUGUGAUUAAAAAAAAAAAAAAAAAAAAAAAAAGUUUGUGUAUUAGUAGGCCAAUAUCAUUGUCAACUGAAUUCUGAGAUGAAAAAAGAAAUACAUUCUAACAACUAGCCCCAUGAUAAACACGUAUUUUGCGGGGGGGGGGUAAUAUCAAAAGUAAAAAGAUACUAAAAACACAAUCAGUAAGACUGUCAUUGUUUUGUUGUGCCCUUAUCCAGAAAUAAUUGAAAUGUUAGCAUUAUUCUUAAAUUGUAUAGCGAACAUUAUUAGACUGCUUAGUUCUUUAUCUUUUCAUUUGCGUGAGCAAUCGUUUAAGUGUUGCUUCUUUGUGAUGUCACCGCUGGUAGUCGUGCUGUAAUUGCUUUGGUUGAGGUGAUGGCGUCAUUCCGUCCCCUGCUGUAGCCUCCGUGCUGAGAAGAAGGGAGACGGAAUACAUACCGAAGCGAGCUUGGCUGCCGUAGCCGGGAUUGAGCAGCGCCAAGCCGGACACCCCACCCCAGAAAACAUGGAGGCUGCGGCGGACGAGCUGCGGGCCGGCUACAGGAUCCCAGUGUGCAUCGAUCAGAUUAUCAACGAUACGCUAGUGGUGACCCUCAGCCACGGAGACUACAGCUAUACCGGAAUAUUGCUGAACUCUAGCAAAAAGACUGGGUUGUUUUGUCUUCCAGACAUGUUAUCAAAUCAAGAUGAUCCUCCGAUACCAAGCAGCAGCAACAGUAAUGCCGUUUCCGAUGACAACAUGUGUUUCCAGCAACCUAUUAAGACGGAGCCACAGCCAUGUAAUAAACAUACUCCCAAACCUACAGGGAACAUGCCCAUUUCCACUCCUUUUACUUUGCCUGGAGCACUGUCUCAGUACCCUCCAUAUUUUGAAGGGGCUCCUUUUCCACAGCCCCUGUGGGUAAGACAAACAUAUAACCAGUGGGUCCCACAACCUCCUCCAAGGGUAAUCAAAAGAACCAAACGACGAAACCGGGAUUCUGGCAGACUGACUAUGAGCACUAUUCGAUUGCGGCCCAGGCAGGUUCUCUGCGAAAAGUGCAAAAACACUUUAAACAGCGACGAGGACAACAAAGAUGGAGACAAUCCCAAAGCUGCUAAAAAGGAGAACACCGAUGUGAAAGAAUCAAAAAAAUGGGAGGAGAUGGACAAUGACAGCAAAAAGUGUAAAAAGGAGAAGAAAGAGGAAGAUGGCUUCCCUGUUGAACUUGUUCCCCAUAGUCCAGUUAUCAAGAUAUCUUAUAGCACUCCACAGGGCAAAGGAGAAGUGAUCAAAAUACCUUCAAGAGUCCACGGCUCAGUUAAACCAUUCUGCCCCAAACAGCAGUUAAUGCAGAAUGGAGGGGGCCUUGAGAGGGACGAAGAAUGUCAAGAGAACAAAAGUCUUCCAGACAAACCAGCAAGUGGCCCAUCUGCUUCAAUUCCAAAACUGAAACUAACCAGGCCUUUGCAUUUCAAUGCAGAUGUCCCACCGCCAAAAAUAAGGCUUAAGCCCCGAAGUAGUGGUGGGGACAGUGUUUCUAUAUAUCGGGCUGAAUUUGUUGACGAUCCACAGGGACAAAUAAAGACCAGAUCGCGGUCGGUUCAUGCCGAUAUUCAUUCAGAAGACUCUACUGAAAAGAGCUCCCUCGAAAUGUCCUCGGGAAGCUCUGGAGAAGAGGACGGAUUUAAUAAGCAACACGAUGACGUAGAACAACAUGGCGAUUUGACUCUGCUGCUCAAUUUUCGUAAGAGGAAAGCAGACUCAUCCAGUUUGUCAGUGUGUAGCAACGAUAGUCUGGAUGAAUCAAAAUCUUCCAGCUCAGACGGGGCAUCUCCGGAACUUUGUGACUUUGCUCCUGGAGAGGAUAUCUCUGUGUCCUCCUCAUCAAAAGAUGAGCAAAAGACUGUGCCGCCUCUAACGGUUCGAUUGCACACCAAGAGUGUCACAAAGUGCGUCACAGAAGAAGGUCGGACUGUUUCAGUAGGAGAUAUAGUGUGGGGUAAAAUUCACGGCUUCCCUUGGUGGCCUGCCCGUGUUCUUAGCAUUAGCACCAGCAAAAAGGAAGACGGCGAACCACUGUGGCAAGAAGCAAAGGUCUCCUGGUUUGGUUCCCCCACAACAUCUUUGCUCUCUGUGUCAAAACUUUCGCCAUUCUUAGAGUUUUUCCGUUUGAGGUUUAACCGAAAGAAGAAAGGAAUGUAUAGGAGGGCUAUUGCCGAAGCUGCCAAGGCAGCUGAACAUUUGACACCAGAAAUAACAUCUCUCCUCACACAUUGUGAAACAUAGGAAACUGAAGACAGGAGCACAUUUGUCCUCCUACUGUUUCCGAUGCCUAUGAACAUCCUGCUGAACUCCAUAGGAAAGCCUAGUGUAUUGCUAGGGGAAGUAAUCCUUGUCAUCUUUGAAGAAUGAUGAAAGCCUGCGUUAAAGCAGAGGCCAGUUUAGAAAGCAAGGUCAAGAAGGAGCAUCUCAAGGACAACUUUUAAAGAUUCUUUUGUAGAAUUACUAGCGCAUACUUUAUAUUGAUAGAGUGAAUAGCCCUACUAUAAUUCGGAAUGUAUUUAUUAUCUGCAACACUUUACUCAACCUUUUUACUGUCUAUUUGGUGCUGCUUAUUUUACCUAAAGGUUAAUUCACCCAUUUGGUGCACGUGCAUAGUGAACUAGAGAAUGAAUUGUGUUUAUACAGAAGAGAUAGUUUGUUUUCCAAAUGCCAUCUCUGUUCCUGAUCAGUUCUUAAAAGCAAACAAAACAAACAAAAAAAAGUCUUACCUGCUGCUAAGUUAUACUGUACAUCUGUCACUUUACAAAUUUGGGAACUGUGUGAUACUGGUUUUAUGAAAUCAUAACAUUUUAGUAGAUCUUAAAAUACAAUAUUCCUAUUCUGUUGUGCAAAUUAUCCAUAUUCAGAACAAUUUUUUUUGGAAAAGCACAACUUUUCUUUUUUUAGUUUAUAAGCUGUAAAACUAACUGAACAAUUUGAAUAUAAACCUUUGUCUGUUUUGAGUGACUGAACAGUAGAUUCAGUUCUAAAAAAAAGCAAUUUAUUUCGCAGUAGUUUUUUUCCUUUUGUUUCCUAUGCACUACUUUGCUGUUAUUUAUUAAAUUGUUGUCCUCAGAAGUGUUUUCCCCAGAAUAAGUCACUGGUUGUUUAAAAUGUAAGAAACAUGCAUCUGGAUUUGUAUAAAAUGCUAUUGGAAUGCUGGGAAUGCAGACAACAAUUAAUUCUAUAGAGGGAGGGAAUCUUCAGGAAUGCUUAUUUUUUUUUAUUUUUUUUGUUCUUUUUGAGCAAACGAAGGACAAACGAAUCAUUUUCCGAAGAGAGGUGGGAAGGCGAGAAAAUAAAUACUUUAUAUUUAAAGCUCAGUUAUUGCACUGCCCUAGAAAUGGCUGGGGUGUUGUGGUUUUUUUUUUUAACUUUUUGUCUUUGUCUUGUAGGAAUUGGAUAAUGUUCACAUGUUCUUGCUGGUUCACGUCUACACCGAUGGUGUGUGGUUACUGGAAUGAGCAGCUACUUAUAUUGCCUUGGCAAUAAACUAACUUGCUGUGACACUUUUGAAUUCAGUGAGCUAUUUUUACUUUACUGUAUAUAAAAUAAACUAUACAAGCAAUA